AUGGAGGUGGCCAAUAUAAACAUCCAUCUCAAUGGGUCCAAUAAAACCACGGGAAGCCCAGCCCAUUGCGAUGACCUCUGUGAGAAGAUUCUGGUCACCCUCUACAGCCUGGUCCUGCUGGGAGGUACAGCUGGCACCGUCAUGAUGUCCCUUGUCUUGUUCCAGAGGAAGUCCCAGUCCGUCAUUACUGUCAUCAUUGCCAACAUCAUUGUGCUACAUUCCAUCCUCCUGGUCAGUCUUCUGUUCCGCCUCAGUUAUUACUUCCUAGCAGAGUGGAAGUUUGGCUGGUUCACGUGCCGGAUCAUCAGCAGCAUGGUGUAUGCCCACAUGUACUUCACCUUCUUUUUCUACGUGGCCAUUGUUGUUAUACGCCUCCUCAUUUAUUUUAAAAAGCUUCGGUUGCAGGAAUUGAAGAUGUGCCACGCUGUUGCCUUGAGUGUUACCAUCUGGCUGUUGGGAAUGCUCAUUUUUUCCCUGAUUUUCCUGUUCCAGUACGGCACCCAUAUGGAGUCCUCUCAGCAUCACUGUUUUCAGUUCUACAAAGAGCUCAGCCACACGUCGGUGGUCAUCGUGAACUACUGCAUGAUCGGCCUCAUCAUGGCCACAGUCUUGGGCCUCUCCCUGGUCCAGUUGGUCGUCAUCACCCGCCUCGCCAAAACGCUCUGGCCUGGCCUGCUGAGCCACCAAGAGUUCCGAGCUCAGAUCAACAGCUUCUUUUUCCUGGUGGUGAUCAUCGUUUGCUUCCUGCCCCAUCAUGCCUUUCGGGUGUACUUCAUCCAAAACUAUUCCCAGAAUGAAACAUCUCAGUUAAUUCUCUACAAUGAAAUCUGUGUGGCUGUAACGACCCUCUGCUGCCUGGACAUGUUGUGUUUCAUAAGAGGAGUGGUCCACUGAGUUCAUCGUUGGGGCUGCUGCCAUUUUGUAGUUUUGUCCAAAGGCAUCCACUUUGUUUGGUGUGCAGAUUUCAAAGUGGAAUAGUAGGACUGACCCUAUUAGCUCUGUCCUCAGAGUAACCAAAGGCCAUUUCCAUUGUAACCUGGCCCAAUUUUCUCCAAAGGAGGUGGGAGGCAGAAAGGCAAAUGAAAAGUGAAUGUUACCCCCUUAAAUCCCUAUUUGUUGUUGUUCAGUCACCUAACACUCUACCUGUCCCUUUUUGGGGUUUUCUUGGCAAAGACACGAGAAUGGUUUGCCAUUUCAUUGCCCAACUUAUUUUACAGAUGAGGUAACUAAGGCCAACAGGGUUAAGUGACUUGUCCACAGUCACACAGAUGAUAAAUGUCUGAGGCCAGAUUUGAACUCAGUUUUCUUGACAAGGCACUUUAUCCACAGUUCCAUUGAAUUGCCCUAAAUCCUUACUAAGGACUCCCUGUUAACCCAAAGGACCAAAUACAAAUACCUGUUUAUAUUCAGAGUUCUUCAGCACUUUGUUCCAAACCUGCUUUCCUUCCUGAUUACAUAUGAUUCCAUUUCACAAACCAAAACACAAAAAGCAUGCCUCCAUUUUGCCUCUAGACCUGUUCAGCUCCAGGACAAGCUCUAUAUGAUAUCACUCCUCCUCCACCCCCUUUUCCCCUGGCUCCUCAUAUCUUCCCCUCAGAUUACCUGAUACCUAUUUUGUAUCUAUUUUCUUAUCAUUUAUUCUGCAGAAAAAGACAUGUUAUAAAGUAAUAAAAAUUUUACACAGUUACAUAGAACUUCACCCUAUAGAAUGUAUACCUUUUGAGGGUGAGUUUUUAUUAUUAUAUUUUGGGUAAUGAUGAUGAUUUAAAUUGCUGGUGCCCAGCUAUCUGCUUGGAUUGUGGUAGGGACCUAAUAAAAGCUUUGAUUAUUUAUUUAAUCAAAGGCAGGGCAGUGUUACAAAAAUUCAGAAAGGAGAGAGUAGCUGGAGGAAAGGGGUGGUCAGCAGUGACCCAGUGCUCCAAAGAGGUCAAGAAGAAUGAGGUCUGCCUCUCUGUCUUUUGAUCCAGCUGGGUUUGUACCCCAAAGAGAUAAUAAGAAAAAAGACUUGUACAAAAAUAUUUAUAGCUGUGUUCUUUGUAGUGGCAAAAAAAAUGGAAAAUUAGGGGAUGCCCUUUGAUUGGGGAAUGACUGAACCAAUUGUGAUAUCUGUUGGUGAUGGAAUACUAUUGUGUUGAAAGAAAUGAUGAACUGGAGGAAUUCCAUGUGAACUGGAAAGACCUCAAUGAACUGAUGCAAAGCAAAAGGAGCAGAACCAGGAGAGCAAUGUACACAGAGACUGAUACAUUGUAGCACGAUUGAAUGUAACUGACUUUGAUACUAGCAGCAAUGUAAUGACCCAGAACAAUUCUGAGAGACUCAUGAGAAAGAAGCUCUCCACAUCCUGAGAAAGAACUGUGGGAGCAGAAACACAAAAGAAAAACAACUGCUUGAUCACAUGGGUUAAUGGGGAUAUGAUUGGGGGUGUAGACUCUAAACGAUCACCCUAGUGCAAAUAUUAAUAAUAUGGAAGUCGGUCUUGAUUACAUAUGUAAUCAUGUAAAACCCAGUGGAAUUACUCAUCGGCUAUAGGAGAGGGUGGGGGAAGGGGAGAGAAAGAACAUGAAUCAUGUAGCCAAGGAAUAAUAUUCUAAAUUAGUUAAUUAAAUAAUAAACAUAAUUUUAAAAAAAGAAAUAAGAAUGAGGUCUGAGAAUAGGCACUGACCAGAUUCUGCAAUUACAAGAUCACUAGUUACUCUGGAAACCAGCUCAGCUGAAUCAUGAGGCUGGAAAAUGUUAGAUCACAAGGGAGGGUCAGGAAGUGAAGGCAGUGAAUGUCGACUGCUUUUUCUGAGAGAGUGGCUGUGAAAGGAAGGAGAGCUUUGGCAUGGUCAAGUGGGGGGAGGGGGGUAUCUGAGCUCUCUGCAAUCCAAAGUCACCAAAAACCAUUCUGUUUUUCUGUCUCUCCAGUAGACUGAUGGUCUCUCCCGGUACAGCAAAAGCAGACUCAAACCAUACCUCAAUUCCAAAGCCCACUUAGAAACAAUAUUCUGAUUCUUUUUGUUCUUGUCUGAUCCAGAAUGAGCUCAUCCUGCCCUCAACUGCCAUCUUUCUUCUAGCUCUCACAGCCAUCAUCUGGAGAGGGUGUUCCCAUAGAGAAGCCAAACAUUCCACCAACUGCUACUCACUGGGCAGGUCAAUCUAGCUGAAGCAAUGGAGCAGCCCAAGAACAAGUCAUAGCAUCAGCAUCCCUGGAUCCCUAGCUCCCUUCAGGUCCUGAGGGAUAUAGCCCCAGACCCCGAGCCUCCAGAAGGGUCAGGCUCCCAGCCCAAUGCCCUCCCCCAUCCUUCCAGGAAGCUGCCCAUGGAGACAUGCAGCCACAGCCACUGAAGACCAGGAAAAGGAAGCCCUGGUCACUAGAGUCUCAGGCCUGGUUCAUUGGCCAUCAGGAACUCACAAGGUUUUAUUAGCGGAAAUGUCAUUAAAGAGGCUUCCUUCUCCCAGAGAGCCAUUAAAUGUAACAAAUGGGAUCUUUUUGGAAAGGAAAAAAGAAGUCAGAAAAUAAAGUAUUACACUGAAAA